GGGAAGAUCGGGAGGGGAGAACCGCGGCGUAGCAGGGCAAAGGGAGAGGGGCGAGGGAAGACGGCGUCGCGAGUCCGCGGAAAGCCGGCGGCGACCACCGCCGCAGUUGAGCGUCGCGAUUCGUCGCGAGAGCAUCGUGCGUUGGUAGUUGGCGCCCUCGCCGUGUGUAAUACCGUGGCACACACAACCGAACAGAGUUAACUGCGAAGCGUAGAAACGGGUGGGUCGGACCGAUCGGCGAUCAGGUUCGACGGUCGAGAAGGAAGGCGAGCGACGCGCCCCCGAAAACCAGUAAACGCGAAGCCAGCGAGUAGCGACACGCACACACACCGGCGGUUCAGUCGAGUUCGAUCCACCGUCAGGUGAGGAUCGCCGGUGUCACGGUCCGUUUGGUCUGACUUCUGUGCUGGGAUUAAUCGGCGAUAUUAUCGUUAUUUAUAGAAACGGAAGUCCGCGAAGCGUUACACGUUCCACGCCGUACGCGUUAUCGAGUCCGAUAGUCAGUGAAGAAAUCGAAGUGAAGACACGAGUGAAUAAUCGAACGGUGUUGGCCGAGCGUGGCUACUUGAUUCUUGUGUAUCGUCGCGAUUUCAACCGAGCCGUUCGAUCCUCUGGAUUUUUUUGUGAAUUCGGAGUCUUGUGUUACCUGCGAUCGAAUAAUCGUCGCGAAGAGGAACGAGGAAGACGAGACUUCUCUGUUCGGGAGUCGCUGAAAAUUUAAACUGUGUUUUCACGAAUUGGUGCGCGACGACGGGGUUUGUCCUUGACGCCCGUCCUUUCGUCGAGCCGUUGCGUCGAGACUGUGUGUGGUUUUUUUUUUUCCUUUCGGUGUCUGGCAGCGUCUCUUUCUCGCUUGGUCGGCGAUAUCUCCGUCGCUGGCUCGAGACCGCCGAACAGCACGCAGGGAGCGAGCAAGAGGACACGCGUACGGGACUAGUGGAAGGAAGACGGAGAACGAGCGAUCAUCGAGAGGGCUCGUGGACGGAACCGAGACGAGCGAAAUGAAGCGCGCGAACAACGCGACGGGCGAAAACUGAUCCGACUCGCGGAGCGUCGACGGACCGUGUGUGUCUAGCACCGUCUUUGUUUCUCUCGAUUCCAUCUUUCGUCCCGUCUCGUUCCUACCCGAGUCGGCAGCUAUUCCUCGUGGUACAGCAAUAAUAUCGUUUUCCCGCGCGGACUGCGGAUUGGCUGAUGUGCCCGCGAACGAAGAGCAGAGCAGCGAAGCAACGUGCCCCGUUUUACUCGCGCUAGCGCCGAGGACGCGUUCGGUGAGGAAGGAGGUUCGACGGUGCGCGCCGAGCGGAGAAGCGUGGCGAACAGAGAGAGAAACAGUGCUCAGGGAGGGGGGAGGGCGGCAGACGAGGAGGGGAACCGCCCGACCGAGUUGUUUCAUUCAUAAAAAAGUUCUUUAUUACUCUCUGUGAGCGCAUGUGCUAUUCCACGGAGGAGGACCUCCCCCGACCGGCGUAACCACGUUUACACACGGUAUUAUUUACUACUGCGCGAGAUACGAAUCGCUGCCACACGCCGUGGCAACGGUACGGCGUACGGAUCUCUCUGGCUGCUCCGUGUUACCGUUGCCCGUACGUCGUCGACGUUGCGGCUACGAACGCCUAAUUGGGAACACCUUCUUAUCGACGUCGAUCGAAUCGGACGGCGUUCGCAGAAAGAACUCCGCGCGACGGUGCCUCGAGCUCGACCUAUCUCUCGAUCCUCUUUCUUUAUCGAGCACGGUCGUGCGUACGUUGUCCCCCCCCGCCCCGGACGUCUCGCGGACGAGCAAUUGGAAUUCCUCGCGUGUCCACACGCAGGCCCGAUAUAGUCGGAUGGCGCGAUCUGGAACGUGAACGUCGAUCGAUCGCCUUCUCGCGCGCGUCACAAAACCGCUCGAGGCACGGUGACGGUUGGAGAACCGAAGAAACCAGUGCUACCGAGCUACCGCCGAACCAACGCGCACACGCACAGCAAAAAAAGAAGAGAACGGUGCAACGGAAACAUUCGAGUUCGACCGAGAAUUUUGGAAAAAUCGUUCAACCUGGAUCUAAGGACGAACUUGGACGUCUACGUCGACGAUCCUGAUCAUCGAGCGCUAGACGGACGCGACAAGCCGCGCAGGGAUCGCAGGACAACCAAGAUAGAUCCCAAAGCGAUCGAGGAAGGUAUCGCGACGACGGAAGACAACGGUUACGAGGAUCGUCUUCGCGAGGGCAAGGAGAGUCGUCUCGCCGCGAUGAGGGGCGAGUCGGCGCGACCGGGGAAGCGCCCUUUGAGGGCACUUUCCGCAUCCGAGAAGAUGGACGCGAUCCAGAGGGUUCACGAGGGGGAGAGCAAGGCCUCGGUGGCACGCGAUAUCGGGGUUCCCGAAUCGACGUUGAGGGGAUGGUGCAAAUCAGAACACAAAAUUCGAGGAAUGGCGAGGAAUUCGUCGACGCCCGACAGCGAGGCGCACUCGCCCGCUUCGUCCUCCGGGGCGAACGUGACGGCCGGAAAUUUGGCCGGCGGUUCGGCGAAUCUGUCGAGCGAGGACGAGGGUCCUUGCGCGAAGAAGUCGAAAAUAGAUCAGCAAAGUUCGGUGACGGGAGCGGGUACAUCGUUCGUAGGCGACAUUUGCACAGACGCCGACGGCAAACCGGACGGCAAGCAACCCAAGAUCGAUUACGUGGGCUUGAUGACCAGCAUGGCAGGCAUGAGACCCGAGAAUAGUUCGUUGCUUUUGCAACAGCUGGGCCUGCUCUCGGGCGCCACCGGCACGUUGGCCAAGAAUCUGUUGAGCAUGUCACCCGCCCUGUCCCACGGCAGCACCGUUGGCCUCGUGGAAAACGGUCUCCAAUAUACCAAGAGCAGCACCGGUAACGCGUGUUUACCGAACACAGCGAGCAGCUUGAACGGAGGUAGCAACAAGAGGCACAGUAUCUCCGCGAUCGCUCCGGCUCAGAUGGAUUCCGUUGUCGCGAAAUCCUGCACGAGGAAGAGCCUGCCACCUGCCGCGGAGGCGCCCUCGACGCCGGUACCAGCUUCCCCGAGGAAGACCAACGAGAACAACAGCAUUCAGCGAUCCACGAAACCGAAGAAGGACGGGAACGUUAGUGGCACCAACAACAAAAAGGUCGACGAGGCCCUCUGGCUCUGGCUGACGCAGCAACAACAACUGCUCGGCCAACAGUCGGCCAGCUUCAAUCCGAGCAUCAAUCAGCAAGAUGGAUCGUGGUUUUGGCAGUGGUACAAACAGUGCAGCUUCCCGCUGAUAACGCCGACGCCGACGCAACUCGCGCCGAGUCCCGUCGCCAAGAAAUCGCCGAGCAAGGCGAGGGCCAUGCUCGACAACGUGCUGUGCAACAACAACAACAACAACAACAACAACGAGAACGUUAAACGUAGCUUGAACAUGGAGGUGCCGGAGGACGAGGACGUCGAGACGUCGUCAGGCGACGUGCCCGCCAGCACCGAGGAGGCGAUCGAGCACGGGGAAAAGUUCUUCAAGUGGUUGGACAAAUGCUCGGACCCGGCGGUCACGAGGCUCCAGAUUAUACAGUUCAAAUACCUAUUGGACAAUCUGAAGGCGUGUAGAAAGAAGUCAUCGUCUAGCGCGAAACAAAGCAGAAAGUAGGCGAGACGAA